AUGAACGUGCAAUUCAAUACAGCUCUUAAGCAGUCGACUGCUAUCAAGAAGGAGCUCACCUCCGUCACCUCAUCUGGCCAACCAGCAACACCUGCAGCUCUCGGCUCGUUAUCGGCAUCACUCACAUCCUUCUCGCGAACCCUCGAUGAGUACAACCAGCUCGCAAAGCAGGAGCUGGUCAUUGCCAAGCAAGAAAAGGCCUACGAGCGCAUCAAGAACUUUCGAACCGAGCUAUCCGAAUUCCGCGAGCAGUUCAAUGCCCUCAAGACCGAGCGUGACGAGUCGGCGCACCUGCAGAGCCGCGCGGAGCUGCUGGGUCGCAGACCGUACACGACCAGCACGCCCGAGAACCCGUACGCCAACGUCGGGGCGUCGGACCGCGCAGAUGGCGAGGUCCCCACGAAUCGCUACGGGAGCGGCGGCGUCAUGGGCGGGCAGAUGAGCAUGGGCAGCAACGACUACACGCGCGAGGCGCACGCCCUGAGGGAGCAGAAUUUCUUUUCCAGCACGAACCAGGCGCUCGAUGACUACAUAGCCAGGGGCCAGGCCGUGCUUGGUGACCUCGGACAGCAGAGAGAAAUGCUCAAGAACACGCAGAAGCGGCUCUACAGUGUGGCCAACACCCUCGGCGUCAGUGGAGAUACCAUCCGCAUGAUUGAGCGCAGGGCCAAGCAGGACAAGUGGAUAUUCUGGGGCGGCGUCAUUGUUUUCUUUGGAUUCUGCUGGCUAUGCCUACAUUUCUUGAGGUAA